UUUCAUGAAUAUGUAGAUAUUCAUGAAACAUCUUUCUAAAAUCAAACAAUAACAGUACCAUCAUCCACCACAACAAAAACAACACCAACAUCAAACAAAUGAAUCGAACACCCUCAUUCCCUUCACUACUAUUUCAUCUCAAUCACUCCUUCCCCUAAUUCCCCCCCUCCCCUGAGGAGUUAUUAUCAUACCCACAGAUAGGGACCAACCCUAACCUGUUGAGAGAGUACUCACUCACGCACGCACGCUUGAGUCAGUGGUGGGAUAGAUAACACACGCACUCACGAACAGUAGCAACAGCAACAUCAUCAUCAUCGCCAUGUCCCAGGAAGAGUCUCAAAGAUCUCUCUCCAUGGACUACCUCAACCUCCUCAUCAACGGCCAAGCCUUCAGCGACGUCACUUUCCAAGUCGAGGGCCGUCUGGUCCACGGGCACCGCUGCAUCUUGGCCGCGCGCAGCCUCUUCUUCCGGAAAUUCUUCUGCGGACCGGACCCGCCGACCGGCCUCGACCCCGCCGGCGCGUCGCGAUCGAACGACACCGGGGCGGCGGCGCGUCCCCCCGGCGUGAUCCCGGUGAACUCGGUGGGGUACGAGGUGUUCCUGCUGCUGCUGCAGUUCCUGUACAGCGGGCAAGUCUCCAUCGUGCCGCAGAAGCACGAGGCCAGGCCCAAUUGCGGCGAGCGAGGGUGCUGGCACACGCAUUGCACCUCAGCCGUUGAUCUCGCCCUCGACACCCUCGCUGCCGCUAGAUACUUUGGCGUUGAACAGCUCGCAUUGCUCACUCAGAAACAACUAGCGAGCAUGGUAGAGAAAGCCUCAAUCGACGAUGUGAUGAAAGUGCUGAUAGCGUCUCGAAAGCAAGAGAUGCAGCAGCUGUGGAGCACGUGUUCCCACCUGGUGGCGAAGUCGGGUCUCCCUCCGGAGGUGUUGGCAAAGCACCUCCCCAUCGAUGUGGUGGCGAAGAUCGAAGAGCUCCGUCUCAAAUCCUCCCUCGCGCGCCGCUCUCUGCUGCCCGGCCACCACCAGCACCACCACGACCUCACCCCAGGCAUGGAGGACCAGAAAAUCCAGCGAAUGCGGCGCGCCCUCGACUCCUCCGACGUCGAACUCGUCAAGCUCAUGGUCAUGGGCGAGGGUCUCAACCUGGACGAGGCGCUCGCGUUGCACUACGCAGUGGAAAAUUGCAGCAGGGAAGUCGUGAAGGCGCUGCUCGAAUUGGGGGCCUCGGACGUCAACUUCCCCGCCGGCCCCGCCGGGAAAACGCCCCUGCACGUGGCCGCCGAGAUGGUAUUGCCGGAGAUGGUGGCGGUGCUGCUGGACCACCACGCUGACCCCAACGUCCGAACUGUGGAGGGCGUGACCCCUUUGGACAUCCUCAGAACCCUAACCUCGGACUUCCUCUUCAGAGGGGCUGUCCCUGGACUCACCCACAUUGAGCCCAACAAGCUCCGCCUCUGCUUGGAGCUUGUGCAAUCCGCGGCUCUUGUUUUGUCCCGUGAAGAAGGGAACAAUGUCAACAACGACCAUAACAACAACGCUUCUGCUUCUGCUACUGCCAUUUAUCCGCCAAUGAGCAGCGAAGACCACAGCAGCGGCAAUUCGGACUCCAGGUUGGUGUAUCUCAACCUCGGUGCCACGCCACCAAUGGGUGAGGACGAUGGCAGCCAGAGGGAAGCCAUGAACCGUCAUGGCUCGCAAGGUGGCCGAUGUGACCCACCAUCAAUGUACCAUCACUCUCAUGACUUCUAGUUCUAUACCAUUACCUACUACUACUUUUAUAUAUAUAUAUAUA